GAAACCACUCCCAACCCUCAGCCUUCAGAAGAGGAGAAAACCGAGCCAGCACCUAGUCAGGAGGUUGCCAGCCCUGAACAGUAUAUUAAACAUCCACUACAAAACAGAUGGGCGCUCUGGUUUUUUAAAAAUGACAAGAGCAAAACUUGGCAAGCAAAUCUUCGUCUUAUCUCAAAGUUUGAUACUGUUGAAGAUUUUUGGGCUUUAUACAACCAUAUCCAGCUCUCUAGUAAUUUAAUGCCUGGUUGUGACUACUCGCUCUUUAAGGAUGGGAUUGAACCCAUGUGGGAAGAUGAAAAAAACAAGCGAGGAGGACGAUGGCUAAUUACACUAAACAAACAGCAGAGACGAAGUGACCUUGAUCGCUUCUGGCUAGAGACACUGCUGUGCCUUAUUGGGGAGUCAUUUGAUGACUACAGUGAUGAUGUAUGUGGUGCUGUUGUUAAUGUUAGAACUAAAGGUGAUAAAAUAGCAAUAUGGACAACUGAAUGUGAAAACAGGGACGCUGUUACGCAUAUAGGGUAA